AGAGCGAAACGACGAAGUAAAUUCCAUACUUGUCCCACUUCAAAUCUGGGUAUUAUUAAAAUUAAAUACCAUAAACACGAUCGUUCGAAUUGCUAUCCUACGGGAAUUGAACGAGCGAGCUGUAAAAUCUAGUACACUUCGGCACUUUAGCCUGAAACCUAACCUUUCGGAAUCUUGAAGUAUGACAGUACGAUUCCUAACCAGAAAGUACAGACCCGGACCCGGAAUCCUUUGGGGUCUCGUAACCAGGUUGACCCGCCGAUGGAUGACCUCCACUAACAAAACAACAGUGAUGAGUUUCGGGGACGGAUCCCACGGGGCAUUGGGCCUCCCCAUGUCCCAAACUGGUCCGGGCUUCGACGCCUAUGAGCCCACUCCAGUCUCAGGUCUUCCCCCAUACGUCUCCACCAUAUCCGCCGGCCACUAUCACUCCCUCGCCGUCACUUCUGAGGGCCAUGUCUGGGCCUGGGGCCGUAACUACGAGGCACAGCUUGGCCGGGGUUCACUUUCUCCAAGAGAGACAUGGAAUGAACCACAGAAAGUACAAGGAUUGAGUCAAGUGAAAGUUCGAGCUGCAUUUGCAUCUGGUGUCAUAUCUGCUGCAAUUGGAGAUGAUGGUUCUUUAUGGGUAUGGGGAAAGUCAAAACGAGGGCAACUAGGGCUCGGAAAAGAUAUCACAGAGGCUGUUUUACCUUCUAGAGUUGAAGCUCUUACUGAAGAAGAUAUAAUUAAGGUGUCACUUGGUUGGGGACAUGCUCUGGCACUGACUAAAGAUGGAAAGUUGUUCGGAUGGGGUUAUUAUGCGGAUGGUAGAUUAGGGAAGAUUGGGGAAUUUUUUGAAACUUCUCCUCUAGAUUCAGUUGCUUCUAAAGUAGAGUCGAGUGGUGAAAAUUCCGGUUCAAUGACUGAAGCUGCUGAGGGAUUGAUCUUCGAAGCAAUUGAGAAGGAAAAGAACAUGCCAAUUGCUUGGGAACCUACUUCAAUUAAAGAAUUAGGUGAUGUUAAAUUUGUAGAUAUGGCAUGUGGGCUUGAUCAUUCCCUAGUUCUCGACUCUGAUGGAACUCUUUUAAGCGGAGGGAGCAAUGCGUAUGGCCAGUUAGGUAGGGUAAACCAAGAUUUGGGGUUGCUUCCUGUCGAUAUGAGCUUUAUACCUGUCAACAUAGCAUCUGGACUAGGGCAUUCUCUGGCAAUUUGCAACGAUACAUCUUCAGACAGUGUAGACGGAUUAAGGGUUGUUACAUGGGGAUGGAACCAGAGUUAUCAACUUGGAAGGAAAGGUCCUCAGAGUGUCCCUCUGGUGGUUGAGGGGUUGUCGGGUGAGACACCUGUUUCAUUAUCAGGAGGACGGGUGCAUUCUUUAGCUGUAACUGCUAAAAACGAGAUUUGGACGUGGGGCUGCGGGAGAAAUGGCAGACUUGGAUUGGGUAGCUCCGCUGAUGAAGUCGAACCGAUGUUGGUGGAAUGCUUGGAAGGAUCCCAAGUUUUGCAAGCUGUUGCGGGAUUUGAUCAUAAUCUGGUUCUGAUUGCUGAAUGAUGUAAC